GAGAGAGAGAGAGAAAAGAAAGUAAAAAAACCCCAAAUAAAAUAAAGAAUCUCAUAAAAACAGGGAAAAAGUGAGGGAAAAGGGGAAUGCGAACGGGAGCGCGCACGGCGCCAUCGAGGCCGGCGGCGGGGACGCGCAUCCCUCAUGCUGACGUCACUGGAGCGCCCAUGCUGGCGGAGGAUCUGCUCGUAGUGGCGCUCCGGAGAGACAGAGGGAGGUAGUGGAGAGGUUCAUGUCGAAUAACUAGUUGGAAAGAGGAUUUUUCUCGCCUUUAGCGGAUUUGUGAGUCCUAACGGUCCGUCUGGGAGACAAGAAUCAGGGCUGAAGUUGUCCUCAAACCGGUUAAACUGGAUCCCUGAGACGGUCACGGCGUUCUCUAAUCCUGGGUGAAGCAACAGCUAAUGCACUAAAGCCAAUGAGAACCCUGUGGAGUGCAGAUCCAAGUCAUCGAAUUUAAUCAGGCAGAAACUCCAAACAUGAGACGUUGGUUUAUGUUGUGUAGUUAAGCCCCGAGGAUCACCUGAACCAUCCUUUUUUUUGAGAUCUUCAAACAGGUUUUUCAGCCCCCCAUACCCCGAGAUCGACCGAGAUGUACGGUAGCGCCCGGUCAGUGGGUAAACCAGAGGACAAUCAGAGCCCUGGUCGUUCUCCACGCCUGCCUCGCUCCCCUCGCCUGGGCCACCGGCGCAAUAACAGCACAGGUGGUGCAGGGGGUAAAACGCUUUCCAUGGAGAACAUCCAGUCUCUGAAUGCCGCCUACGCCACCUCGGGCCCCACUUACCUGAGCGACAACGACGCCACCGUCCCCGUUUCGGUCUCGGAUUUGCCGAAGAGCACCAUGACCCUGGGACGCCCGGGCGCCCGGCUUCCCUACGGCACGCGUGCCACCGUGGCGGGCAGCAGCCCCAACAUCGCCAGCGACUCCAUUGCCUUCGGGGAUCACCACGUGCCUGCGGCCAUGGCCUCGACUGUGCCGCACUCGCUGCGCCAGGCCCGCGACAACACCAUCAUAGACCUCCAGGCGCAGUUGAAAGAAGUCCUGCGCGAGAACGAACUUCUGCGCAAGGAAGUGGACGUCAAGGAGAGCAAGCUUAGCUCGUCCAUGAACUCCAUCAAGACGUUCUGGAGCCCUGAGCUGAAGAAGGAACGCGCCCUGCGCAAGGACGAGGUCUCCAAGAUGGCCGUGUGGAAGGAGCAGUUCCGUGUGGUGCAGGACGAAACGCAGCACCUCCAGAUGACCAUCCAGGCUCUCCAGGACGAGCUGCGCAUCCAGCGCGACCUCAACCAGCUGUUCCAGCAGGACUGCGGCGGGGCACGGCCGGGCGAACCGUUCUCCGCCGAGCUCACCGAGGAGAACUUCCAUCGGCUGCACAGCGAACACGAAAGGCAAGCCAAAGAGCUGUUUCUCCUGAGGAAGACUCUGGAGGAGAUGGAGCUGCGCAUCGACACCCAGAAACAGACCCUCAACGCCCGGGACGAGUCCAUCAAGAAACUGCUGGAGAUGCUGCAAAGCAAAGGCCUGUCGUCCAAAGCCAGCGAGGAGGAGCACGAGCGCACGCGGCGCCUCGCAGAGGCAGAGAUGCACAUCCACCAUCUGGAGAGCCUGCUGGAGCAGAGGGACAAGGAGACGUGCGCUCUCAGGGAGGAGCUCCACCGACGCUACGAGGGAGCGCCUGAUUCUGCCAAGACCAAAGCCCUACAGACUGUCAUCGAAAUGAAGGACUCUAAAGUCAGUUCUCUAGAGCGCAGUCUGAGGGACCUGGAGGAGGAGGUGCAGAUACUGAAGUCUAACGGAGCUCUAAGCACAGAGGAGAGGGAGGAGGAGAUGAAGCAAAUGGAGGUCUAUCGCAGUCACUCCAAGUUCAUGAAGAACAAGGUUGAGCAGCUGAAGGAGGAGCUGUCUCAGAGCGAGGCCCAGGCCCAGGAGCUGAGAAAGGGAACGGCUGAGCUGCAGCGGGAGCUCUCUGCAAUCGACCAGCUGAAGCAGGACCUUUCCAGGAAGGACACCGAACUUCUGGGCCUGCAGACCAAACUCGAGACGCUCGCCAAUCAGUUCUCAGACAGCAAGCAGCACAUCGACGUGCUUAAAGAGUCGCUCACCGCCAAAGAACAGCGAGCUGCCAUUCUACAGACAGAGGUGGAUGCCCUUCGCCUACGCCUGGAGGAAAAGGAAGCCAUGCUGAAUAAGAACAAGCAGAUCCAGGAGAUGUCAGAAGAGAAAGGCACACUGAACGGAGAAAUUCACGACCUUAAAGACAUGCUGGAUGUCAAAGAGCGCAAAGUCACCGUGCUUCAGAAAAAGAUCGAGAACCUGCAGGAGCAGCUGAAGGAUAAAGAGAAGCAGAUGAGUAGUCUGAAAGAGAGGGUCAAAUCCCUGCAGGCUGAUACCUCCAACACUGAUACAGCUCUCACUACACUCGAGGAGGCGCUGGCUGAGAAGGAGCGAAUUAUCGAGCGUGUGAAAGAGCAGAGAGAUCGAGAUGAGCGGGAGAAGGGAGAAGAGCUGGAAGCCAGCAAGAAAGAACUGAAGGAGCUGAAGGAGAAACUCAGCCUGCUGCAGGGAGACCUGUCUGACCGUGAGACAUCUUUGUUGGAUCUGAAGGAGCACGCCUCAUCCCUGGCCUCCUCGGGUUUGAAGAAGGACUCCAAGCUGAAGAGCCUGGAGAUUGCACUUGAGCAGAAGAAAGAGGAGUGUAUCAAACUGGAGAGUCAUCUCAAAAAGGCUCAGACGGCGGCUGCAGAGGCUCAGGCGAACACGGAGCUGUCAGAGCGCAUCAGCGCACUCGAGCAGGAGGUGCAGCGCCACAGAGAGGAUGCCGGGAAAUCCCAGGCCGAAGUGGACCGUCUGCUGGAGAUCCUCCGAGAGAUGGAGAACGAGAAGAACGACAAAGACCGCAAGAUCAGCGAACUGGAGAGGCAAAUGAAGGACCAGAGUAAGAAGGUGGCCACUCUGAAACACAAGGAGCAGGUGGAGAAGAACCGAAACGCCCAGCUGAUGGAGGAGGCUCGCAAGCGGGAGGAUAACAUCAGUGAAAGCUCUCAGCAGAUCAAGGACUCUCUGAAGCAGAAAGACGAGCGAAUCGAGGAACUGGAGGAGGCCCUGCGCGAGAGCGUUCAGAUCACUGCAGAGAGAGAGAUGGUGCUGGCGCAAGAAGAAGCUGCUCGGACGCAUGCGGAGAAACAGAUGGAGGAGUUGCUCGGAGCGAUGGAGAAAGUGAAGCAGGAGCUGGAGUCCAUGAAGGCCAAGCUUUCGUCCACGCAGCAGUCCCUGGUGGAGAAGGAGGCCCACCUGACCACACUGAGAGCCGAGCGCAGGAAGCACCUGGAGGAGGUUCUGGAGAUGAAACAGGAGGCAUUGCUGGCAGCCAUCAGCGAGAAGGAUGCCAACAUCGCUCUCCUGGAGCUGUCCUCUUCUAAAAAGAAGAAGACUCAGGAUGAAGUGGCUCUGCUGAAGAGGGAGAAGGACCGACUGGUGCAUCAGCUCAAACAGCAGACGCAGAACCGGAUGAAACUGAUGGCCGAUAAUUACGAGGAUGACCAUCUGAAGACUUCUUCGAAUUCAGACCAGAGUAAUCACAAACCCUCUCCAGAUCAGAUUAUUCCCCCUCUCAUAGACCUCAAUCAGAACCGCAGUAAGCUGAAAUUGUACAUUGGCCACCUCACAGCCCUUUGUCAUGAGAGAGACCCCCACAUCUUACAGGACCUGGCUCCGCCCUCAGCUUACCACCGCAGCCAGAGGGACGCCUGGGAGGAGGAGCUUCAGAAGAUGAGCCUGGAGGAGCUGGAAUCGGAGCUGGAGCAGUGCGAGCGAGAGAGCGCCGAGCUCCAGGAGUACGCCAACUCGGUCCUGCAGCAGAUUGCGGACCACUGCCCUGACAUCCUGGAGCAGGUCGUCAACGCACUGGAGGAGUCGUGCUGAACCAGUGUGCUCUUCCUUUUUUUUUUUUUGUUUUUUUUUUUUUUCUUCACCCUCAUUUUUUUAUUUUUUUUUUGGUUUGGGAAAAAUCCAGACAUACAGCACGUCCAGCUUCCUGUCUCACUGCUGCGAGCUCAAGGACAUCUGUGCAUCUCCACCCAGACACUCCAGACAGGAAGGACAGGAGCUGGAGUGUAAAUUGGGAUGAACAGCACAUCAGCGCGGGGGCACGAUUGAACGAGCCUCGCGGGGGUCGUUCCCUACAUCCGUCUUCUCCCGACUCUGUCUCUCUUCACCUAAAUAUCGUCCCCUCCCCCCUUUUUUCUGGUUUACUGUUUAAAACCCCACAAGUUUACGGCCGACUCGGACACGCAUAAACACACGGUGAAGUGCAGUAUUAAAGGAGAAGUCCAUUAAGUCCAUCAGUACGAGUGAAACCAUAACAUCUCACCCUUAACAAGUGCUCAUGUCUGAAGAGGCUCUUAUCCUCCUCCUUCUUCUUCUUGCUCUCGUUCUCUCUUCCUGGGCCCAUAAAUCUGUUCCGCAUGGGACGCAGACUCGCCAUCGACCCUCUCGUUCUGUUCCUCCUAACUCGCGUCGAACGAGUCAAAUGAAUUCGCUCAAAUCAUUCGAACGUAAAAUUCGAUCGAUCCGAUAUACUGUUACUACUUAUGUGUUUUUUUUUCAUUUUAGAGUUUCAUUUACAAAAAUGUCCCAGAAAACACAGAAACCUUUGUUUUGUUUAGGAUUAAUACCGUUACUGUUUGCUCGAGUCAGAAAUGAGAAAUUGUGUUGUAAUUAUAUCAUGUAAGCUGGUUUUAAUACAGAGACCUACGUAUAAAUAUACAUUUUAUAUAUAUAUAUAUAUAUAUAUAGAGGAACUAUAGGCUCAGGGCAGGAGAGUGGAUCAUAUAAAAGUGGCCUAAAUGAGGACUUUUACAUUUGGUUUUCGAAAAUAACUUUCUUUUUUUUUUUUUUUUUUUUUUUUUUUUUUGUUAUCUCUUUCUCUCCCGAGAGAGACCCCCCCCCCUCCUUGCACAAGGUGAAUCCGCUCACCAUUUAUGAUUAUAUGAGUCUCUAUCUCCAGGCCAAGGGUGUCGAUGAAUGCAGGGUCAGCUCGUCAUAAAUAUUGCCUCAUCGAUCGCUCGGAUACGCUUUAAAGUCCAGAGAGGGAUGUGGAUGACACUAGGCGUUAACUCGCACUCUGCUCUUUUCGCUCUUCUCUCUUUUUUUUUUUCCGCCCGGUCCUGUCCAGCGAUUCGAUAAGCCGUGUGGAAUAUUGCCACGCCUGUGAUCUCUGAAGUUUAAUCUUUCUUAUUAACCCACGUACACACACACACACACAGUCAUGCCACCAACCUGGUACACACAGAGACAGAUACGUUCCCUUAUAAGGAAAACUCAUCACUGGGCUGGACUUCUGACUAAACUCAAACACAGACUGGCAUGGCAGAGUGAGUCACGGAGAAUUUCUAGGAGGGAAAAAAUAUUGCAUUUAGUUUUGCACAAACACGUUUUGGGCACGUUUUUGGGAUUUGGGGUAGGUGGGGGCUCAGUGGUUAAGAUGUUGCCCUUUGGAUAUGAAGGGCACAAGUUCAAAUCCCACCAAGCUCUUGCUGAUAAGCCUUUGAGCAAAGCUCUUAUCCCUGAAAUGCUCAUUUGUAAAACGUGGAUAAAAUGCAGUAAAUGGAAAUGGAAAUAUUUCACGUAUGGGGGUGGGGGUGGGGUCCUUUAAUUUCCCUCAGUUCAUUACAUCAUAUAUAAUGUGGACACCUGACCAUAAGACUGGUAUGUGUAUCUUUUUUGAACAUCACCAUUCCACAUUUAGUCUCUAUUUGCUCUUACAAUUAUCUCCAGUUUUCUGAGAAGAUGUUCCACUAGAUUUUUAGAUUUGAUGGAGGUGAUGUGGGGAGGCCUGGUGUGCAGCUCUAUAGCAGGAGAUCUUCCACUCCAUCCCAUGUAAAUCAUAUCUUCAUGUAGCUGGCUUUGGUGGUUUUGUGUGUCCUUCAAUUGAAGGAACGCAUGUGCAGCGUGUAAUAUCUUCUUUUUGGUUUGUGUUUGUUCCUACACACAGCUGCUGUUCCUAAAGUGACACUCAGUUUUUAUUUUACACCCUUAAGAAGGAACACAGCAGUAUCGUUAAAGCAAACGUGUGAAAUCAGACUGGCUCACGUGAGCGAUCCGAGCGACCCCUCACUGUUUGGAAUCCAAAGUCUUUUACCUUUGUUUAAUCGCGAUAGUUUGUGCGUCGUGUUUCUUGUUUUGUUUUUCGUUUUUUUCGACACCUUAAAUCAGGUCAUAAGCGUUUUCCAUUCCACAGAUGUUCCUUCAUCUUUAUCACAGGUACCAAACAACGGCCAAAAGCAACAAAACCCCCGUUUUUAAAUCCGCCCACUUUUCUUCAUUUCAAUGGACCCGCCUACUUUUCUUUCGGUUUAAUGGAUCCGCCAACUUUUCUUCGUUUAAAUGGACCCACCCACUUUUAUUUAAGUGGAUCCGCCCACUUUCCUUUGUUUAAGUGGAUCCGCCCACUUUUGUUCAGUUAAAUAGACACACCCACUUUUUGAUUAUAAAUUGAAUGGAGUUUUUUUAUUUUUUUUAUUAUUUUUUUUUUUUGUAAAUGUAAUUAAAACAAUAAAGGACGAAAAUUUCAAUCAUGGUGCAAACUAUAUUCCUGUAUAUUUAAUAGGCGACGAUCCAAAGGUUAACGAGGCUCCUUCAUGCCAGCGUUUAUUGAUGCGGUAGGUAUCGAUGCCUCGCUUUACUGCGUGUUGGCAGGACCCCCAGGACAUGCCCUCGCGCCCGGGCACGCCACAAACGCUAAUGAUUUUAUUACAUUCUUUUUUUUUUUUUCUUUUUUUUUUUUAUGGCCACAAUUAAUCCUUGAUAAACGACAGAACACACACACACACACACACCCCUACCUUUACGUCUUUUUGCUUUCAUGUCUGUCUAUCUCUCUCUCACACACGUACUAGUGCAAUCCAGUGUUUUGGCUUGGUGUCGUCUCCGGUGUCUGAAAUAUAGAGCUGUUUUUAGGGCUGUGGCUGAGUAUCGGAGCUUAGACUAAACACAGGCACAUGCUCGCUCUUACACAUCCACUUUUUCUCACACACACACACACACACACACUUAUACAGCAAGGAUUUAUGAGGUGCACUCUUACGCUGAUCCUCCAGUCACCUUCGUAUUCACUAAGAAAACGAGAUCAGAAACGUGAACGUAUAGGAGGGGAGAAAGGAUAUUGAGAGGAUAUUGUGGGAGGUUGUAGAGCAGUGUUUUGGACUUUGGAAUCAGAAGGUCACAAGUUCAAAUCCCAGCACCACCAAGCUGCUACUGCUGGACCCUUGACGAAGGCCCUGCUUUAGUUUUAAGACGCUUUGGAUGAGGCCGUCCACCAAAUGCUGUAAAUGUAAAAGAUAUUCUGUUGUGUGUGUGUGUAAUAUGUGUGUGUGUGUGGUUGGUGUGGGGGGUGGGCUUGUCGUGACUCUCCGUGUAGCUUCUAUUACAUUAUACAUAUAUACUCCAGAGGUCAUUCGUUCUUUUCGCUUUUUCUUCAUAAGUCACACUUCGCACUUUACGUCACGGUGCCUUGCGUAUAUUCCAAUAAGCAGCAGGUCAAAUGUUUUAUAUAAUAAUCACGAGCGAGGUAUUCGCUAUGUUUUCGGGGGUUUCUUUUUUUCCCCUCUCUCCCCCCACUUCGACGCCAAGGGCGUACGAUAAGAGAGGCGAAGACUCGGAAUGUUCUCCAGCGGCGCGUAUUCGAAGCAACGCCGUACUCCGUCUCCUCGUUCCGCGGUGGAAUUUUUCCAUCAUCUAUCAGCCUCGAGUGCAACCGUCAGGUCUCUCCUUACUGCGUCCGGGAGAGACCACGGUAUCGCGGGGGGUGGGGACGAUUAGAAACGAACGUGCGGGGAAACAAAAAUCAACGCUGUCAAACGUUUUUUUUUUUUUUUUCCCUACCAAAUACGUGACGAUGAAGGUCAACGCUCGUCUUUUUUUGAGCGUCGGAUUUAUUUAGUCCAUUUACUCGAGCGUGAAAACACUGCCGGAGAAAUUCUGCCCCGCACUCUUUGAACUCUCCUGCGCACACACACACACACACACACACACACACACACGUGCAUCUAUAUUUAUAUAUUAGCUGAUAAAGUGAGAUGAAUAGAGUUGAACUGUGAGAUGUCGGAGUUUGUGUGUUUUUUCCUCUACGCUCUCGUCUACGAGGAGGGGAAGACGUCCGUCUGAACAAAAUGCCGUACAUCUUACACAACAAAUCCCAGAUGAUAAAAAAAAGUGUCUCAAAUUCUUUCUAAGUGUCAAAUAAAUGCUGUUGCACACAUUCUGAAAAGCGUUACCGUGUGGUUGAUGUACCGUCGCUAUGUACUUAAUCUGGGUUUUUUUUUGUUUUUUUUUCUGCCUGUUCAAACAUGUCAAAUUGAGUGUUUAUUUUUUUUUUAUCACUAUUGUGUAAGUGUGUUGUGUUUUUGGGAAAGUCCUCCCUCCACGACUGUGCUCUAUGUCGCUUCUCGACCCUUAAUAACGGUUUUAAAACUGUGACUCCGGAUCGCAGGUCUGCGUUUACGAAGCUUUUCUAUUUCCCUGUUUAACGCUCGGGGGUAAGAAACGACUGAUCGACUGUUCCCACCCUUUGAGUCGCUCUCGAUUAAAUACAUUCUAUGGACAAAAAAUAUGUGGACACCUCAGCAUUUUUUUCCUUUUUUUUUUUUACAUCUACAUUCCACAUUAAGUCUGCAUUUGCUCUUAUUAUAAGCUCAUUCAUAGACAAGGGCAGGGGUCUCCAGUCUUUUCCAGAAAGCGCUAGUGUGGGUGCAGGUCUUUAUUCCAACCAAGCAAGUCCACACCAAAUCCUACCUGUUCAAAUCAGGUGUGACCAUUGAUUGGUUGGAAUGAAAACCUGCACCCACACCGGCCCUUUCUGGAAAAGAUUGGAGACCCCUGGAUAAGGGUGUUAGAAAAAGAUCAUGUGAAGUACUGGUUUAGGUGAGGUGAGGAGACCAGGGGGUGCAGUUGGCGUUCUCAUCAUGUUUAAUAGGGUUUGAGCUCUGUAGCAGGCCACUCGAGAUCUUCAACACACUUCCUAUCAAUGGAGCUGGAUUUGCGCACAGAGAAGUAGGGUCAUGCUGAAACAGGUUUGGGUCUCCUAGUUCACGAGAAGUGAAAAUUUCACCCAGACAUACGGCCGUGUGCCUCCAAACUCACGGUAGCAGUUUAAUGAAGAAUCGCAUAUGGCUGGAAAAAACCUCAUGUCCCAAUACUUCUGACUAUACGAGAUUAUGUUUGAGAACAGGACAGUGCUGCGUUACAUCACAGAUACUUUCCUGUUCUUCUACUCAUUUCAGGAAGGACGCAAAGCCUGAAAAGGGAUCGUCUUGUAUUACGGUUUUAUGUCACAUACAUCAUGAGCACUUUGUGAAGAUCCGGACUCAGAGCGGGAGAACGAUAUUUAUAAAAACGUUAAAGUUAACAAUCAUGAGAGUAGUUCGAUGUUUUGUUUCGCUUCAAAAUCCAAAAAAGACAAACACACACACACACACAUUAAACAGAUCACAUGUCUGGAACUCGACGCAGGAUGAACGCCGUCUUCCCUGUCUGGUCGUUGAUAUUCUAUAAAAUGCAGGGUGUCCCAAUACUUUUGACCGCCCCUAUAUUUUCCUGCACACGUUUACAGGACACGUGCAUGUUUUUUUAAUUUUGUUUUUUUCUCCACACGUUUAGUUGACGCGCCUGCGAUCACUUUGCGCUCGAAACCCCGAAGGAGUCGCGAAGUCCGAAAAACCAAAGACGUGUGCAGCCCUGGUGUUGGAUUCUGUCUCACGUGUCGAACACCAGAUCAGACCACACAUUGUGAAGUGCACUGUUCAGGGCUCUGUAGAAUCCAAAUCUUUUGUGUAUAGUUUUCAUGGUUUUGUUUUUUUCCUCCAGCACACAGACGCAGUCCUGGAGGGUAUCGACCCCCACCCCUGCAACCCCCGCACCCCCCCCCCUUCAAAACUCUUUCCAAUUUAAUUUAAUACAUUUAAUAAAGGAAAAGAUGUUUUCAAAACAAUCACCUACAUGACCUGGGUUUCAUUGGGUUGUUUUCCUGCUUUCUUUCUUUUCUUUCUUCCUAGUGGAAGCUCUGGAGAUGUGUGUACUGAAAAGAGAACGAAUUAGGCAUAAUGUAUUCAUCUUUUGUAAAUAUAAACACUUCAUUAUCUGC